UUUGUUGGUUUAAUAUAUAAACCGAAGGAGUUGUUAUCAAUUCAGUAUCAAAUCAUACUUUAAACAAAUAACAAAACAACUAAACAUGUUUUUUAAGAUUUUAGCCGUUUUGGCUUUUGCCACUGUUGUAAUCGCCCAACAUGGACAUCAAGCUACUUCCUACGCUUCAUCCAACAGCUUCAACUCCCACACUUCCCAUGACUAUCACCAUGCCGCCCCCAUCGCUAGUUAUCACCAAGCAGCUCCAAUUGUCCACCACGCUGUGCAUGCCGCUCCAGUUUUGUUGAAAUCAGUCCACCAUGAACCGGAACACUACGGACACCCAAAAUACCAAUUCAAAUAUGGCGUCCAUGAUACCCAUACUCAUGACAUUAAGGAUCAAGAGGAAUCUCGUGAUGGUGAUGUUGUCAAGGGUUCUUACAGUCUGCUCCAACCUGAUGGCCGUAAACGUAUUGUGCACUACACUUCUGACAAGCACAAUGGUUUCCAGGCCCAUGUUGAGUAUUCUGGACAUGCUGGACAUCCCGAGGUGCACCAUAAGGCUAUUGUUGCUGCUCCAGCUUACUAUCAUCACUAAAUAAGGAGAGGUUUCAAUUUGUGCAAUAUGUUAAGACUUACAAAUUCCUAUAUUCAUAUAUUCCUACUCGUA